AUGCCUCGUCUCACAAAUCCAUUCAAAUCCAAAGCUCCUGCUCAGAAUCAACAUCUAGUUGUAGAGGAUGAUCAUAUGGAUGAAGCCAUUCAUGAAAAUGGUCUCAAACUAUUAAAUGAAUCACUUGGAGAUGAUGAAUUACAAAUUAAUUAUCAAUGGUGUUCCAUUGUCAAUUAUGGUUUUCCUGAACCUCAACAACAGGAUGAUGAUAUUGAAGUCUAUCAAGCCUAUCAUCAAUGGGAAAAGACUAAAAGAGAGAAAUUAUUAGAUGAAUCGACACGAGUAUGGAAAUCAUUGAUUGAUGAAAAUGGAGGAACCACAUGUAAAUUAUUGAAAAAUGAUUCCAUGAAGAAAACAAUUAAAAAUACAAUACGAAAAUAUUCCAUACCACCAUGGUAUAGAAGAUAUGUAUGGACACAAAUUACAGGUGUUGAUAAGAAAAUUAAAGAAAAUAGAGGAUAUUAUAAAAAGAUUUUAGAGGUCCAUAGAGGUCAAUCAUGUCCCAAUGAAGCACAAAUUGAUUUAGAUUUAUGUAGAACAUUUCCAUCUCAUCCAUUCUUUUCUAAUUCUCAUUCAGUUGGAAGAAUGCAAAUGAAGAAUGUAUUAACAGCAUUUAGUUGGAGAAAUCCAUAUGUAUCUUAUUGUCAAAGUCUCAAUUAUUUGGUUGGUGCUCUUUUAUUGCAUUGUGGUGAAGAAGAAUCGUUUUGGUUGUUGGUCACCAUUUUAGAGGAUAUUUUACCCGCCAAUUAUUACAAUCCUGAAUUAACUGGAAUGAGAGUCGAUUCUUAUGUGUUGGAUGAAUUGAUUAAAGAUAGACUUCCCAAGUUACAUGCUCAUCUCCAUAAACUUGGUGUGGAGACUACGGCAUUUGCAAGUGGAUGGUUCAUGAGAGUAUUUAUUGAAGUAUUUCCAAUUGAAACUUCAAUGAGAGUAUUAGAUUUAGUUUUUUCUGAGGGAACUAAAAUUCUUUUCAGAGUUGCUCUUUCUUAUCUGAAAUUACAUGAUUCACACAUUGAACAACGAUAUCACAUGGGAGAAGUACUUCAUUAUUUAAAUCACAGCACAAGACGGUUAUAUGACAGCACUCAACUCUUUAAACAAUGUUUUACUUUUUACAACUUGAAAAUUAAACAAAUUUCUGAAUAUAGAGAAAAGUAUACAGAAAUUGUUGAUGAAGAAUCAAGAGAAUUGGAACAACGAAGACGUGAAGUGAGAAAACGAGAAGAAGCAAAGAGGAAACAAAUUGAAGCUCAAUGUUUGGAAGAACGAUCGCAUUCAUUACAGCAUGAUGAAGAUGAACAAGACUCGAUUCAUCCAUCACAUGGUACAAAUUCCACUAGUGUCCUUCCUCAUGACACUGCUACUACUGCUACUACUACGACUCCUUCUCAUCAUGAAGAGGAUCAUGAUCUCUCAUUGAAUGCAUCUAGCUUGACCUCUGCACCCGUCCACAACAAUGAAGAACAGUAA